AUGCCCUCACCUUCCAUGCCCUGUAGUGUGGUGGCAGGCAGGCAGGCUGGCACCGAGCGAGAAUCGACGUCAAGCUGUGAUGAAAGAUGCGCUGAACCUCGAGUAAGCAUCCAGUUCCAGGAGAUUCCCCAUAUCCUGCCUCCAAACCCACCGAAACGAGAACUGGAGUCCAACAUGGAAUCGUUAAGCUCUCUUCUCUGCCUUGUUGUAGUUGUGUCAGCCUCCCGUCCAAUGUGUGAACCCGUGGAUGUAAGCGAUAAUUCUUGGAUUCGCGUCAGAGAGUUGCAACUUGGCUGUUGGACCAGCUUCUUAGGACAGGACAAUGCCGAGGUCCACAUCCUCAAGCUCAACUUUGCUGCAACGGAUGGCAAGUUCUUCUCUCUGGAGAUGCCAGACGCCAAGCCAAUGAACCUGAUCAUCACAUCUUCAGACACGGCCUACGGUCUUUAUAAGAUCAACGUUGGCAUUAAUAUUUAUAAAAGCAACACAUCCGCACUGGUCCUGUACGGCAAUGAACAUGGCAGCAAUGUUCACGACGUUGACGUCCCAGAUGAGGACGAGGAACUGGUGAGGUGGACGACUCGCAAGUUUGGCGGCGUCACUUCCUUUACCACUGUGGAAAAUCUUAAAGUGAUGUACUCCAGGCCCACGGAAGGAACAAAAGGCGGUUCUCGUGAGUGCGUGCUCCAAAGCGAAGAUCCGUCAGAGAAACACUUCAUGAAGAUUGAAGCAGCACCAUUGACGUCUUCGUUUAAGUCCUGCUCACCGCCACUUGAGCGGGAGAAGCAGCGGCAACGCGCCUCCGUUGCCAACGCCGACGCACCGGAACUUCAUAUCAUCAAUAUCCCCGAGGAUGCCAAUAUUCGCAACGUGUCAGUUCGUGUAGACACAAAGAAGUCCAGCGUGUUCUUGAGGGGUCCUCAGGGCACUACGUGGACCUUCCUUAACCCGCAGCACACUAUGUUCUGGUCCAACAAUGAGGUUGUGCUACCCGGCAUGCCCCCCAGAAUCCAACCCCUGUUUGAGCUGCGCAGCGACAAGGCAGAGGUCGUACAAAAGAAGGCUUUGGAGUAUUUUAAAGCCGAUGCCUUCACCAGCUAUACCGAAAUGAGGCCUGAGGGUUCCCAGUUGUUACUGGUGCUCGGUCGAGACGGCCCAGCAGUUACAGAAACAGUAACAGAGGCAGUGAAGUUAACCACACCGGAGCCUCAUCAGAUGCCUUUGCUCAUGCAACUCUACACCUCACCUGAUUACCGCUCGCCCCUGGAUCCAAAUACCAAGGUGCAGAGCGACAAGAGAAUCUAUGCUGAGAUUUCGGGGCACACUUUGGGUGACAUCGUCCUGACCAUCAAAGUGAUAAGCUGCUUCGUGCGCUCCAAAGGCUCCUGUCCAGUAGUCCAAGAGCUUCCCUUCAUACCAGAGUUCUGCUCCUCCAAUUCGUGUCCCAACAGCACACGACUCAGCUUCUCCUUGGAUCAACUGCAAGAGCUCAGCUCCACUACUUGGGACCUGGAAUGUUCUGUCAAACUGUGCUACAGCGAGAAAUGUGGCGAUGGAGGACGUGUGAAAAGGAACUUGGAGGUCACACAGCCAUACAUCUAGCCUCAUACUCCCUGCUUUGAUUUCGGCCUCCCCGCCAUCCUGGGCAUCGCUUUUGGAGGAUUUCUUAUAGGAGUGUUACUAAUUGGUGCGCUGUGGUUUAUUAAAAUCAAAACAGGCUACCCGACCGGACUGGACAUGGCUUCCUCCCUGCCUUCCGGUUGUCCCUGCUCGGGAGCGAAGCAGCAGCCCGUGUCGUCGAACCCCUCUGCCUCGGAGAACAGCAGCGCUAACGCGAGCAUCGGCAGCACCCAGAGCACACCCACAAGUAGCAUGGCUUGA